GGCUGAUUGCACUGUUGCCUAACCUAAAUAUAAGGUAUGGUUCGAACAGUCCAAUCGACUACUCCGUGCACUGUGGCGCAUGCAGACUGCAUGUUCCUCGGCUUGGCUGGCAAGCAUGCGACAUUAUUCCCUCAAGCCUAAUUAGCGCUUACUGAUGCGGGUCGAUCACGAAAGAGACAUUUAUAGCUGCACGUCCUGUUUCCAGCCUGAUCAGGCCAUAUUCCACCUCCAUCUCAUUCCUCUUUCAUUUUGUUGAGAGUUGGAGGCUACACCUUGCACGCAUCAACUAAAAGACACUCUGUUCGUGAAGAGCUUGCAAAGGAAAGAGACAUCAAGUUAUGGAAACUUCCUCGAUUCGAAGUCCAGCAUACCGAUACCGGUCGCUUCAAACAAACAAUCGUCAAAUCCGUCUUAUUGAUUUGAUGCCCAGAUUUUGGGACGACCCCAUUCAUUGCACAAUUCGCCACGUUUCUUUGGAUGACAGCACCGAUAAUCCCGAUUUUGACGCGCUUUCCUACGCAUGGGGAGAUCCACACCUUAAAACAUCUAUAUUCAUCGAUGGAGAAGAAUUUCCCGUUACCGUAAACCUAAGCUCGGCACUGAGGCAUUUACGGUCGUACAACAAGAGAUAUUCCCUAUGGGUUGAUGCCCUAUGCAUCAACCAGGCCGACAACGAUGAAAAAUCAAGCCAGGUUAACAUGAUGGGUGAUAUCUACAAAGCCUGUAGGGAAGGAAUUCUCUGGCUUGGCAAUGAAAGAGAGUUUGACGACCAGUGGUGCGAAACGGAAAGAAUUGAUGACUGUAAAUAUAAACGUACACCGGUUCCGAAGCCUUCAACUCCAAGAACAUACGGUCCCGUCAGCAGUCACGCAAAGCCAUUCCAGCACACAACCAAUACACUAUGGAUGGAUCAGCAACAAAUGGGGGGCCAGUCUUGUAAAUGGCACAGAGCUUAUCCCAUAAUAUAAGAAGCGUUUAAGCUUCUGGAAAUACUCGCUGGAAAUAAGCAUUUGAAUGAAAUUCAUGGGUUCAUCAAUUUACUCGCUGGUAAUGAAAAGCAACGAUUCGUGGAACCGGU